AUGGACUCGGUGCUGACGACGGAUGAGGCCCGGCCGCUGAGCCGUCACCAGUCGCUCAAGAUGGAGUGGAGACCGCCGGCGGCGGCCGCCGCCAGGUUUCCGCUGGCGAUGUUUGGCGUGCGGCCGCUGCGCGGGCAGUCUCGUCCGGUGCCGGCGCCGCUGCCGCUUCGAGGCCAGUCUCGUCCGGUGCCGGCGCCGCUGCCGCUGCAGUACAGUCGGCCUCUCCGACCGCGGCUGGCGCCGUCUGGCACCGGCGCGGGCGCCGCUCGCAACAGCCGGGCUCCCGAGGCCGAGAUGCGCGAGAUGGCCGAGCUGGAGGCGCAGGAGCUGGCCUCGUGCGAGGCCGAGACGGCCCGGCCGCACACGAUCCCCACACUGCGCAUCACCAGGAACAAGGACGACGAGUACUCUGUGCAGUCGAGCGACGCGCCUCCGCCGGAUGACCGGCCCUCGUCGGCGCCGCCGCCGGCCCGGCCCAGGAAGAACGCCUCCUUCUAUAGCUUCGAAGCGGACGAGACGCGCCACACGCGGCUCGGCGACGACGGCCGGCCGCGCUUCGUGUGCGACAUCUGCCAGACGGUGUACCAGCGGCUGCACAGCAUCAAGCGCCACUAUUUUCGCGCGCACAUCAACCACAAGUACGUGCACGAGAGCGACAUGGCCAGCGCCGAGCUGACGGCGCUGCAGGACACGGCCGGCUUCCGCGAGGAGGGCGAGCGGCGUGACCGGUCACGCCUGCCGUUUUUAUACUGCUGCUACGCCUGCCGAACGCUGUAUGACUCGCUGGCCGAGGCCGAGCGGCACUGGCGUGCCGCGCACGCCGCAAGGCCACGCGAGCCGCCCGCCGGCAAGCGGUUUGACUGCGCCCAGUGCGAGCAGGGCUUCGCCACCAAGCGCGAGCUGGAGAGGCACGGCGAGGUGCACCAGAGCCAGACGUUCGCCUGCGGCUUCUGCGACCAGGUGUUCCCGUGCGAGUCCGUCAAGAAGCGGCAUGAGAAGAUCCACGCGCGCGGAGAGGCGCGCCCGGCCGAGGCCGGCGCUCAGCAGACGAUCGCCAAAAUCAACAUUGGCGGUGUCAAGGUGAGCGUCGGCAUCGGCAACCUGCAGCAGCUGCGCAAGAUCCAGGAGGCGUGCAAGGAGAUGUCGGAGACGAGCAACGGCGCCAUCAGCCUCGAGUCGGCCGAUCUGGAGGCGCUGGACCAGCUGGUGGAGGCCAAGCCGGCCAGCGAGCGCUACAACUACCCGUGUGCCGUAUGCCAGAAGAGCUUCUCCACAUACCGCAGCAUGUGCUGCCACCAGCGGAUGGCGCAUCCGAGCCGGCCAAUCCCCAGCAAGGGUCGGGCGGCGGUGCUGCGCUGCCCGGCGCAGGACGAGGAGGCGCUCUUGGAGCAGCGUGCCGCCGACCAGGCGCGCUUCCUCGCCGGUGUCGCGCGCAACGUGGCCGAAAACCUGGCCUCGUUCGUGGACGGCCGGGCCGCGACGCUGCCCUCCAGGCGGACGCCGCCGCCGCCGGCCGCCGCCUGCUACCGGGCGCUGACGGAGUGGCAGACGGCGCCACCGGCGACGGCCGCCGCUGCGCCGCUCAGCGGUGAGUGGGAGCGGCUGGCCUGCUUUCUGUGUCACGCCUGCGCCGCGGUGUUUUCCGGUCUGAACGAGCUGGAAGCACACAAAGCGCUGCAGCACCCGCACGUGCAGUGCGGCCACACCAGCCUACAGGAGGCGCCGCACGCGCUGGCGAUUCGCCGCGGCGUCGAGCGUUCGCUGUCCGCGCUGCAAACGCCACGGCUGGAGCGGCCGGCGAAGCCCAAGCCCAACAAAGACACCACCGCCGAGACCAUCGAGCGCAUGCUGGCGAACCUGCCGGCCAAGCGCAUCUCCAAGCAGCUGUUCCCAAUGCUGAGCGUGGUCCAGCUGCAGCGGCGGCAGCAGCAGACGGGCCCCGCUGCCGCCGCCGCCGUUGCCCCCGAACCGGGCCCCAGCGGCGUGUCGACUGGCCGUACCGCCUCGCGCCGGCUCUCGCGCGUCGAGGGGGUGCCAACGGCGAAGCCGCCGGCCGGCCGUGUCGGCACCGAGGAGGAGCCGGCGCGGCGGCGCCCCCUGCGCCGCCCGCCGGCCAGCAGGGCCGCCGUCGAGGCGUCAGCGAAGCGCCAGCUGGCAGCGGCGAGCGGCUGUGACGCGCUGGAUGUGACCGGUCGGGACCACGCGGAGCCGGAGGAGCCCGCCGCGGAGGGCGGCUCGGGGCGCACGUCGGCGACCGCAGGCGCCGCGGCGGCCGGCACGCAGGCUGUGAAGGAAUUGGAGUCCGUGGGGGAAGAGGAGCCCCAUGUCGCGCAGCAGGCUGUCGCCACGGAGGCGAAGGAGUCGGCCGUGCACCAGAUGCCCCAGUGCUCAGCAGCUGUGGUGCUCGCCGCAGGGGAAAGGGAGGAGCGUCCUGCUGCUGAGAGGAUCUCCGCUUCGCAGGGGAAGUUUCUCGCUGCAGGGGCGAACGGCCCCAGCGGGCAGGCGUGUGUCGUCUCGGAGACAGAUGAGGGCCACCCUGAGUGUGCAGGUAAAUCACAUACCCAGGCUGUGGAGACGAAGGACAAUCGGACUGCGCUCGCAGACGAAACCCCUGCUGUGGAGACGGACUCGCCUGCGGCGCGGACCAAAGAAGCGAGCGCUAUUAAAACGACUGCCGCGUUGAGCGUACAAACCUACCAGGCAUGCGUCGUGCUGACGGACGAAGUGGAUCGGGCAGCGAAAGGGGACACGGAGGGUUCGACGACUCGCGCCGCAACCACCGCCGGCGCAGAGGCAGCCUCAGACGUACUCGGAGAGGAGAAUGUCUAUCAGUCGGCGGAGGCCUCUGCCGCCCGGCCGACCGGUCUGACACCGGCAUCGGGGCAUGGCCAGCCGUCGCCGGGGGCAGCGACCGGCGCUGGCGCUGACGCGCCGUCUCCGGUGCGGGGGAAGGAGGGGCGCGGCGGGGCAGGCGAGGUGGCGCUACCACGGCCUAGUCGGAGGGCUGUGCAGGUGACGGUGCGUCGGUGUGACGCGCCGACGCGACCGCGGCCCCCCGUGCCCUCGGAACGGCGGCCCGGUGCACCUGCUGGCCGACCAGGGGGAGAGGCUGCCACACUCUCGGCGGACCGGCCUCCCGUGGCGGUGGGCGAGGGCCCACGAGUGGGCGAGGUGCUUGCUGUAGCGGAAGGCGGAAUGUCUGACGAAGGAUCAGGUCGGAUACAGGCUGUGCGGACGGGUGUCGUUUCUGCCGCGGCGGUCACUAAUGUAUCGGCAGAGUGUGAUGCGGGGCGGCCGGACCGGGGCCCGGCGGAAGCUCUGAAUAGGAGAGUAGACCACCGGGCUGAGCAUUCAUCAGGUGAGAGGGCGCACCACACGUCUGAGGUGCACGCGCUCGUGAUCGCGGCGACUGCUGCAAAUGACACCACCCGUGCUGUGAAUGAAAUGACAUCUGGUGCGGAGGACGGGGCUCCUGCUGUGAGUGUUGUGAUGUGUGAUGCUGCUGGGACAACCCGAAAUGUGAAUGCCAUAGUGUGUGACGCGCGGGACACGCCAACCACGGGACAGACCAGUGUGCGUGCAAGGAAGGAUACGACGCCCUCUGAAAAGAACGCAGUGCUUGGUGGAAACGAUGUGACGUCUGCUGCGAAGGACACGAUGUCUGAUUUGGAGGGUGUGGUGUCUGGGUUUGAAGAGACGUCGCUCGUAGAGGGGGACACAGCAUUCCCUGAAAAGGACUCAACGCCCAGUGGAAAUGACACUAUAUGUAGUGGAAAGGACAUUUCUUCCGGUGUCAGGAACGCGGCGUUCGACGCGAGGAACGUCGUACCCAACGCGGAGCACGUUGUGCCUGAUCACAGUGGGAGAUCGCCGGGUGCUGAGAAUCCAUUGCUCGCUGUGAAGCACGUAACGUCCGUUUUACAACUUACUGUACCUGGCAUGAAGAACGCAACGGCUGCUGCGAAAGGCCCGCCGUGUGAUUUGAGAGCCGUGGUGUCUGUCACCGCGGACACGGUGUCCGACGUCGCGGACACAACAUUUGAUGUGGAGGACACGGCGACUAACGCGGCCUGUCAGCGUCUCGCGCCGGCGGCGGGACGUCGGCCUCCUGCCCGGCCCGCUGAGCCCGUCCCGGCCUCAUCAGUGAAGGACACGCUCGGGCAGCGGAUGAGCCAGGUUUACAGCGAGUCGGCCGGCGUGGCCCUCGCUGGUCCAGCCGGAAGUGCGUCUGGUGCGCCGCCAGACCGGGCGGCGCCCACGUCAGUCGCGGCGCGCGGGGAGCCGCACCUGGCGACGGAGGAGGCGCGCGCCGAGGGUACCGCCUCUGGCAGCGAAGGAGACGCCCGCCGAGGUACUGCCUCUGAGGAUGGAGGAGGCGCCCGCUCAGCUGGCGAUGGCCGUGUCGCCCUCGCGAGGGCAGAAGAUAUCGGACGAGGAUCAUUCGGCUGUGACGAUAUCAGAGGUAACUGAACUUGCUGUGGCACGGGAGGGAGACACAGCCAGACCUGAGGCGUAUGAUGCCAGUGAUCCGUGUUUGAACCGGACGAACGAUAAUGAAGUGCUGUCGGCGCUGGCCGUACAUUCCAUUAAUAACGAUAAGCACGACGCAGACGAAGCCAUAACUGCUAAGAAAACCCACGAAGGCACGAUCUCGGCAGAGAGCGUGUCAGGUACACGCAAGUUGCCAACGGAGGAAAAUGUUUCGAGUAGGAAAAUCACAAUACAGGAUACGACGCCAAGAAGUCCAAAAGGUCGAACAGAAGCCAAAGUCAGGCCUCGCGCGGCAGGAAACACCGCAGGGAGUGGCAGUUCACGGAACCGUUCAGCUGAGAAAACAACGACAGAGGAGGAGUCCAAAUCAGGGAGUCCAAAAGAGCAACUGAAAGCUGAAGUCAAGUCCGCUAUGGCAGGAGACGCCAUAGGCAACCUCAGGUCGCAGCGUUCUUCUCGGAGCUCCAGCCUACAGCGGCCUUGUAGCGUGGCCUCUUCGGGAAAGAAGCCGGCUUUCACUAGAGCCCAGUCCAAUUCCCCGCGGCCGUCCAGGGGCGCGCGGGCGCCCGCCGCCGGCGCCGUGGGUCGGGC